AUUUUUGAAAGAUUUACCCUUGACUGGAACUAGCGUGACGUAGUUGAGAGUUGGGCCAAACUGACCGCUUUCAGUAUAGUCUAGCUUUUCACCUUAAAAUAUACACAACAUCAGAGAAAAGGGAUAAAAUCUCAAACCAAUCACAAAUAAUCUUUCAGUAAAGAAUGCCAACUGUGAUUCACAUUUUACCCGUUCUUAAAGUUAAUCUUCUUGAUAAGAAGGAAUUUCAGCUAUGUAAUAAAUCCACGGUUUUUUUCUAGAAAGCCCGCAAACAAAAUAAAUAUUUAAUCGCUGACAUUUAUUUUUAACAUAUCAUAAAAAGUGAAAAGUGUGAGUUUGUUAAACUAUGUGAAAUAACUGUUACUGCAUUGAUGAAGGAUUAGUGGCCUAAUCCUAUAAAAUGGAUAUCCGUAUUCCAAGCUUUAACUCCCUCCUAGAUGAAAUCAAAGUGGAGGAUCAAAUGGAUGGAAUGGAAGCAUAUCAGGAUAUGAUCCAUCAAUCCUGGGAUAGCGGAGUCGUAAUGGAUUCCAACACGGUCCUGCAAAUGGCAGAAUUUCAAGAAGUUGUGGACAACCUCCAGAAGGGGCUCCCGCCCCCUCCUCCAUACCAUUUUCACGUGCCUCCGUCCUUUAAAGUAUCUCCUGCUUUAUCUCCUACAGACCCUGAGCUAGACAACCUAAUUAACUCUGCUCCUGUACUCCUGAGAUCAGGAGCACUAUCCUACCAGGAGGGGGGUAGACAAAUUAACAAUUCCCUUGGAGAGGAGCCACUUCGAGUCCCUUGUCGUUCUCUUCCCCUCCUGGCAGAAUCUUCACUAAAUAUUGUUGACAAAGUUGAGCAGAAAUAUAAUUUACCAAUCAGGCCUCCGACCUUCAAACAGAGCACUGCUACGAGUAGAACCAACAUGAAGCAGCUCCUCUCCAGGGAGCAGUGCAUGGAGAGAGAGAGAGCCGAGCAGCAGCGACGUGAGCAGGAGCAGCAGAGACGGGUGGAUCAGCUAGGGGUCGGAGCAGGUCAACCUCUACAGAUUCCAUCUUCAGGAUCAGCUAGUAAAGAAAUACCAACAGAAGUUUUUAGGGUUGCGGAGUAUCUUUCUAGUACUCCAGGGAACUCUCUUAAUCCUUCUCCAAACCAAACCCCUGGUUCUCAUGGAGUACCCGGAGUAAUUCAUCUCUCCCCGCACCAUAUAUCCUCUAGAAGUGCUCCAACCCCACACAGACGACCCAGCACAGGCCCUUACUCCCCUAAACGAAGACCUAGUGCUACAACCUACUCUCCUUGUAGCAGAGCAAGUAAUGGUGCUCGGCGCCCUAGUGGAGGACCAUUCUCACCUAGCUGUAGCAGUGCUACUACUAGUCCUUCGGAAUAUGCUCCGUCAGAGGUAAAUGAUGAUUUCCUUGAUGAUAUCCUGAGUCAACCCGGAGAAGGAGUUGAUGCUUCUCUUUUCCAGCUCCAGGGUGAGGGAGAGGACGGACUUGAUCGUCUGCUUGUCAAGGACGAACCUCUGGGAGAAGACGACCUUCGAGCACUUCAGAGAGAUCGCAUUAAGAAAGAUAAUCACAAUAUGAUUGAGAGAAGACGAAGGUUUAAUAUAAAUGACCGGAUAAAAGAACUAUCUAUCUAUCUAUCUCUCUAUCUAUCUAUUUAUUUAUCUAUCUAUCUAUCUAGUUGAGAGAAGACGAAGGUUUAAUAUAAAUGACCGGAUAAAAGAACUAUCUAU